AUGACUAGAUAGAGCAAAGAAGAAGUAAUGAAACUACACAUCUAUUGCAGUCACGAUAUUCACAUAAAUUUGAAUGAUGAAUGGAAUGAGGUCGAAGUUGUGGCAAAUAUUAUGAUUUAUUGCCGAAUUAAAAUAACUGAAAAAUUUGCUCCUUUAAUGAUAAAGUUUCAGUAUUUCAAAGAUGGUAGACCUUACAAUGCCAGUGACAUGGUAUUAUUCCUAUCAACACAAAAUAAGCAACCAAAUACAGAUAAUCAUUAGAUUAGGUUAAUAAGACCUGAACAUUUGAUUCAUGGAGAGAGAAUCUUUAAUAAAAAAUUUGAAACUUAAUAUCUUUAUCUUGGAUUGUUCUCUGAGGAGGGAUGUACUUUAAAAGUCCAUCUUCAUUUUAAUGUGGAAAUGGAAAAAAGGUUUUUAAAGAAGCAGCAGGAAAAGGAGGCUGAAAUUGAUAAUGAUAGUUCUGAUGGCAAUAAAAUGAGUCAGUCUCGCAAACUUGCUAAGCGUCGAUAGUUUAUUUAGAAUGAGAUAGCUGAGGCAUCUACAAACCCUUUUUAUAAGAAACUAAUUUUCAAAAAUUAUAGAGAACUCUAAGUUAAAAGAGCGAAACCUAAUAAUGUAGCUGUGCAAAACUCUAUUUACUCAGACUAGGAGAAGACUAUAAGUGAGCUUGGUUAGUUUUCACUUUCACAAUUAAAGAGUUAAAUCUCUCAGUUCUCAGCGGCUAAAGAAUUAAACGACAGAAAAAUAAAUGAUAGAAUCAAAGAUAAAAACUAAAGGAUUCUUGAGACGUAAGAACGAAGAGAAGCCUUUAACCUUAGUAAAUUAAAAAAUAAAAUACAGAAUAUUCAAAGAAAGUAAAUAGAUGUAAUACCGCUGGUAAGCAAAAAUUAGUGA